GCGACACGGCGACAGCAUGUCCAAGCCGGUGGACCACGUCAAGCGACCCAUGAACGCCUUCAUGGUGUGGUCGCGGGCCCAGCGGCGGAAGAUGGCCCAGGAGAACCCGAAGAUGCACAACUCGGAGAUCAGCAAGCGCCUGGGCGCCGAGUGGAAGCUGCUCACCGAGUCGGAGAAGAGGCCGUUCAUCGACGAGGCGAAGCGCCUGCGAGCCAUGCACAUGAAGGAGCAUCCCGACUACAAGUACCGGCCGCGGCGCAAGCCCAAGACGCUGCUCAAGAAGGACAAGUUCGCCUUCCCCGUGCCCUACGGCCUGGGCGGCGUGGCGGACGCCGAGCACCCGGCGCUCAAGGCGGGAGCAGGGCUGCACGCAGGCGCGGGCGGCGGCCUGGUCCCCGAGUCCCUGCUCGCGAACCCCGAGAAGGCGGCCGCCGCCGCCGCGGCCGCCGCCGCGCGCGUCUUCUUCCCGCAGUCCGCGGCCGCCGCCGCCGCCGCCGCUGCCGCCGCCGCCGCGGGCAGCCCCUACUCCCUACUCGACCUGGGCUCCAAGAUGGCAGAGAUCUCGUCGUCGUCGUCCGGCCUGCCGUACGCGUCGUCGCUCGGGUACCCCGCCGCGGGCGCGGGGGCCUUCCACGGUGCGGCGGCGGCGGCUGCAGCGGCCGCGGCGGCCGCCGGGGGGCACACGCACUCGCACCCCAGCCCGGGCAACCCGGGCUACAUGAUCCCGUGCAACUGCAGCGCGUGGCCCAGCCCGGGGCUGCAGCCGCCGCUCGCCUACAUCCUGCUGCCAGGCAUGGGCAAGCCUCAGCUGGACCCCUACCCCGCGGCCUACGCCGCCGCGCUAUGACCCCGCGGGGCCGACCCGCGAGGACCUGGGUGCGCACGUGUACGUAUAUGUAUAGGUACGAGACUCGCGGCCUCCCCGUGCGCCCCGGGGCGACUGGGGGCCCGGGGUGUGUGUACAUAGAUGUAUAGGUGUAGGGCAGAGGCGGAGAUUGCCAGCCGGGGCUCGAAUGACCGAGCGAGCGAGCGCUCGAGGGCGCGAGCGAGCGAGCGAGUGGAUGCUAGGAUCCCUUCCCACCCGCACUUCUGCAGCCAACUUUAGGAGCGAGGGUGUGUGCGCCAGCUCGGGGUUCGCUUUGCACUUCGGAACCUGUUGCGUUUUGACCCAGAGAGGUGGGAGGAGAAAGUCUGUGACAAGAGUCGGAACAGACUUGCAGUGACUAAGCUCAGUCUGGAUUCCCGCAGUGCUGAACCUCCGCCUGAGUCUGAGCGAGUCUCUCUGCUGACCCACACGUGGCACACAUCCCUGUGCAUCCGGAAUGGCACGGAACUGGCUACCUGGGAGCCUAGGGCUAGCUGGGAGAAGGUUUGCAGAGUGCCUUGUGGUUCUGUCUGUUGACUGAAGAGUGACUCAAGAUGAUCAGGAGCACGUGUGGAUCUUAGGGUGUGCAGAGGCAAAAGAAAGUGUUAAUAAACCCUACAGGAAGCCUUGAAUGGUUCAAGAUGAAAGACUUGAGAGGGUAGAGACCUGUGUCCUACUGGAUUUGGAAUCCUUCUUGGCUGACCUGAAGGUUACAGCAGAAGAACCAUGGAAGAGAUGCCCCAGCUCCCAAUAUUACCUCUAGCAUCCCUAAGGUGAGCAAAUAGCAUCUCUUCAACCACGCAGCUACCCACUGGCUAGUCUUCUGUACUCACAAGAGUUGGCUCUCUCCUUUAACAACAAAGAGACAGUUCCUACUCAGAGAAAGGGCAGCUUCUCACAGUAGUGAACUAGGCCUCACUCCAUCUCUGGAAGACAGCCUCUGAGGUUCCUCUCUUUCUACGGACCACACCUUUGUAUAAACCCUUUCUCUGAAUAUAGACUGGAACAGUGUUCUCUCUCUCUCUCUCUCUCUCUCUCUCUCUCUCUCUCUCUCUCUCCUUCCCUCCCUCCCUUCCUCCCUCUCUGCUAUAAUACCACUCUUGUCUAUUUACUCUAAAGCUUUGAGAUGGGUGUUAUCCAGGAAGUGAUACUUAUAGACCCUGUGAUGUACUCAAGGGCAUGGCUCCAGGCAAUACUCCCCCUUUCCUAGAGCAAUUAAAAAAAUAACAAAAAAGUCAAUUAAAAACCCCAGUGCCUCACUCACUUCUUUCUCCAGCUACCAUUUCACUUCUAGGAUCUCCCUGCACUAAAUGUCUCCUGUGCUGUAAGAAGUCUACGCUGGCCAUCUGUAAUCCUAUGCCAUCUUCUUUCUCAUACAUCCCUCCUCUGACAUCACCUUUCCCCCCUGCUGUGACCCAGGACCCCGAGGACUUCUCAUCACGAGGUCCCAGGGUCGGUUCUCACCGCACACGUCCCACCCACAGCGUGUGUUGUCCUUUCCUCCCGGCUACCGGACUUGGCUCUGAGGACCCUGCACUUAUGGUUAUUGUUUCUCCUGCCUUGUCAUCAGGAACGUUUUGCCUUUCUCUCUUACUGGUUCCAUUUUCUUCAAUCGCUUGUCAAGUUUUUUUUUUUAUCAAAAAUAGUAGCAUUUCUGUGUGUGAUGCCUCAUGCCUGGACUACCAGCACCCGGGAGGCUUGAGAUAGGAGGAUUGCCAUGAGUUUGAGGCCAACCUGAGCUAUAUAGUGAGUGCUAAGCCAGCCUGAGCUACAAAAACAACACAAAAAGUUAGGAAUCCACUCACUAUUCUCCCGCCUUCAACUGAGCUGCAAUUGUUUUCUGCCAUUAUUUAACAGCUCUUCUAGAAACCACAUACUUGCAAUCAUGUAUCUUUGUAAUUUAACAUUUCUUCUAGAAACCACAUACUCUCGCAAUCAUGUAUCUUUGUAAUUAGCUGUAUAGAGUUGUAGGUUAGUAUGAACAAGGGGAAGAAAAAAAACCAACCAAACAAACAAACAAAAAAACCACAGAAGACCAAAACCUCAGUGACUCAGUGCAGUAGGUUUGGGUUUUGUUUGUUUGUUUUUAGUCCAACAUGGGUUAACAGGGAGCUGGUGUCACAGUAGCUGAGAGACUCCAUCUCCAGUGCAGCCUUGGCAGAAGAAUACAGCGUGAUAGUUGCUACAGUUCAGAUCCUAAGUGUUCCCACAGAGGGCCAUGUGGUAAAGGAUUGGUCCCCAUAUAUAACUGUUGGAAGUGAUAAAGCCUUUAUGAGUGGGGGCUGAUGGGAAACUGACAGGUCAUUAAAGGUGCUCUAGGGAGACAAUGGGACCUCAGCCCUUUCCUCUUUCUUUCUUGCCUCAUGGCAUGGGAUGGGAGUAGAUUUGCUCCACCACACACUCCCAUCAUGUUCUGCCACGGGCCCAAAGCAACAGGGCAGAGUGACUCUAACUGAAACUCCUGCAUCAGUACCUGGGACCAACCUUUGCUUCCUGAUAAUUUGGUCACCGCAUGUGUUUGUUCUAGUAAGGAAAGCUCACCAACACAACAGAUCUAGGUUAACUUUUAACAUUUCUCACUAGGGGCUGGAGAAAUGGCUCAGUGAUUAACAGCAUUCACUGCAAAGGACCCCCAUAAUGGCUCACAGCUGUCCUUAAUUCCAAUUUCAGGGGAUCUGGCCCACUCUUCUGGCCUCCACAGGCACCAGGCAUACAUGCAGUGCACUUAUAUAUAUAUAUAUAUUCAGGCAAAACACUCAUAGACAUAAAAAAUAAAAAUACAUCUUUAAUAAAAAGUCUCACUGAGGCAGUAUUUAUCUCUUCUACUCACAUGUCACUAGCCAAAAAAAGGCACAAAAGAGCAGUUCUGCCAUGUGCCCCAAAAAAUGAGACUCAGAACUAUUGGGCAAAAGGCACUAUUGAUCAUCUGUGGUAGUUUGAAUGUAAUUGGCUCCCAUAAGCAUAUAGGGAGUGGCACCAUUAGGAGGUGUUGUUUUGUUGAAGUAGGUGUGGCCUUGUUGGGGAAACUGUGUCACUGUGGGGACUCUGAGGUCUUCUGUGCUCAAGCUAUGGCUAGUUCACUUCCUGUUGCCUGCAGAUCAAGAUGUAUUAACUCUCUACUCCUUCUCCAGCACCAUGUCUGCCUGUGUGCCACCAUGCUUCCCACCAUGAUGAUAAUGGACUAAACCUCUGAAACUGUAAGCCAGCCCAAUUAAAUGUUUUUCUUUAUAAGAGUUUCCAUGAUCAUGGUGUCUCCUCACAGCAACAGAAACCCUAACUAAGACAGAAGUUGAUACCAGGAGUGGGGCAUUGCUGUGAUAAGCCUGAUCGUGUUUUUGUUUGGAGGAAUUUGGACUUCGGUACUUUGUGUUAGGAAAGCAGUGGAAUGCUUUAAGUGCUACUUAAUGGGCCAUACCAGUAGGAACAUGGAAGUCAGUAGUGCUAAGAGUGAUUUGAACUGUAGGGGGCUGGCUCAAGAAGUUUCAGAGGAGAAGAAUUUUAGUAUGUUGCCUAGAGAUCAAUCUUGAGAUAUUUUGAUGAACAAAAUGGCUGCUUUUUGUCCUUGUCCAAAGAGUCUCCCUGAGGCUAAAGUGAAGAGUUUUAGAUUAAUUUCAUUGGCAGAGGAAAUUUCAAAACAACCUAGUAUAGUUUCUAUCAUGUGGUUAUUAGUGUUAACUCUAAUGUGGAUUUAUAUUGAAAAAGAGCAAGCAGAGCAAGGAAAAAUACAAAAUAUAAAACUGAGGAGAAAAGGAGCAUCAGAAAGGGGAAUGGAGCUAAGCCCUGUGUCUGGGGAGAUAAACAGAUUAAGGAAUGUAUUAAAGAGAGUGGUGACCUCAGGACAAGAUCCCACCUAUCUAAGUUUCCAACUUGUGAAAGGAAUUAAAGAAAAGCUUAGAGUUGGGUGUGGUGGUGCAUGCCUUUAAUCUCAGCAUUGGGAAGGCAGAAGCUGGCAGAUCUCUGAGUUUGAGGCCAGCCUGGCAUAUAGAGAAAGUUCAAGGACAGCCAAGUUUCAGCAGUGAAGGAAACCAUGGAAAACAGAAAGCUAGUGAAUAUACAAUUGAAUGAGAGGUCAUGUUCCAGCCUCAACAAGCGCUUCAGCCACGUGGUUCUGGCUUUAGAGUGAGAGAAUGACUAUGGAAAGCUGAUGAGGCCAGGCAUGUGUCAGUGGUGUCACUGAAUGGAGGCCGAGAGAGGCCUUUCUGUGAAGCUGUGAGGGAGAAACCUGAAUGGAGACCCCGAGAUGGUAGAGAUGCCAGAGUCACUGGACACCUGCCAAUGAAAGCUGCUAACAGGGAGUGGAUCCAGCCCAAGAGAAAGAAAUUUGUUGCAGUCAACAAAGCAGAACGGAGAUGGAGAUCUGAAGAGCAUUUUGACAUCAGUCAUGGAGAUGUAGAAUUUGGAGUUUGCCCAGCUGGGUUUUGGUCUUUCUUUGGUCCAGUAUUUCUUCACUAUGCUCACUUCUCUAUGUUUUGGAACAGUAAUGUAUAUCCUGUGCCACUAUAUGUUGGAAGUAUGUGAUCUGUUUUAUUUUGAUUUUAUAGGGGAUUAAAGUUAAGAGAUUGCAUGAAUCUCAGAAGAGACUUUGAACUUUGGACUUUAAAAUAUUGUUGAGACUGUGAUAGACUAUGGGGACUUUUGAAGUUGGACUAAAUAAAUGUAUUUUGCGUUAUUAUAUAGUUAUAAGCCUAUGGGGGCCAGCUAGUGGAAUGUGGUAAUUUGAAUGUAAUUGGUCCCCAUAAGCUCAUAGGGAGUGGUACUAUUAGGAGGUGUGGCUUUGUUGGAGUAUGUAUUUCCUCAUUGGAGGAAGUAUGUCACUGUAGGGGCGGAGGUCUCAUAUGUGCUCAAGCCAUGCCUAGUGUGUCAGACCACUUCCUGUUGCCUGCAGGUCAAAAUGUACAAUGCUCAGCUCCUUCUCCAGCACCAUGUCUACCUGCACACCACCAUUUCCUGCCAUGAUGAUAAUGGACUAAACCUCUGAAACUGUAAGCCAUCCAAUUAAAUGUUUUCCUUUAUAAAAGUUGCUGUGGUCAUGGUGUCUCUUCACAGCAACGAAACCCUACUGAAGGCAUCAUUCCAUAGAUCUUAAAAGAAGACAUUCCCAGUCCUGUUUCUUUGUGUCUGUAGCUAGAGUUUUCCUGCCUGGCCCACAGUCAGGAUAAAUCUCUGCCAUCCGCCAGUCCCACAACUGCUCAGACCCGACCAAGUAAACACAGAGACUUAUAUUGGUUUCAAACUGUAUGGCCAUGGCAGGCUUCUUGCUAACUGUUCUUACAGCUUAAAUUAAUCCAUUUCUAUUAAUCUAUACCUUGCCACGUGGCUUGUGGCUUACCGACAUCUUUACAUGCUGUUUCUCAUCAUGGUGACUGGCAGUGUCUCUCCCACCCAGCUUCCUGUUCUCUCAAUUCUCCUCUCUGUUAGUCCCGCCUAUACUUCCUGCCUGGCCACUGACCAAUCAGUGAUUUAUUUAUUGACCAAUCAGCAACACAUUUGACAUACAGACCAUCCCACAGCACUUCCCCUUUUCUUUUCUUAAAAAGGAAGGUUUUAACCUUUACACAUCUCCAAAGUCAGCUUGGUAUAUUUGGGAAUUUGGGCGUAGCUUCUCUUAUUACUUCCUGCUGGAGGGGGGCGCUGUAUCUUAUGGGGACACAAAGAAAAUUUUAGAAUUAUGGAAUAGUCCAUGAGGGUGUAUCGUCUGAGCCAGUUGCCUUCAAACGAUUAUGGAUGUUGGAUCAUCUGGGCCUUGGUGUCAUCGGAGACCUUUCAGGGGGUCUUGACUGGUCAAACCU